AUGGAUACUUACGGACCCUUCAGCCAAGAAAGCAGCAUUGGAUUCAUUCCGCAAGACCGCAUUCAAAUUGACGGCAAUGUGACUGUCCUCAAACAAUUGUACGAAAAUUUAGCCAUAAGUCAAAUGAAAUUGUCAUCGAACAGUUGUACGCAAACUGACAUCGAUCAAGAUGCUCUUUGCAUAUGUUACACGGAGACUCGCGACUUCCUGGCAGCAGGGUUAAUCGACGGGACGAUUAAGCUGUAUAAAUUGAAUUCCAAGGUAGAUGUGUUGACAUUGCGCGACACUGAAACUAUGCAAAAACCCAGCCCGACAACCGCAGUUCAACACAGACCUGUUCAUAAAUCUCAUCCGAUCAAAAGAACUGUAACUGCAACCUAUGCCAAUGGCUGUGUGAAAUGUUGGCAUUACCCGAGCUCACAAUGUCUUUACACAAUACGGGAAAAGAGGCAGACUCUUGGUUUGGCUUAUCACACUCAUUUACCAAAGUUUGUAACGACAGGAGAUGACGCGAAGAUUUGCUUGUACGACGAAGAAACUAAUACUCAGGAAAGAGUAUUUCACGCAAGCGAGUCAUUGGAAGUCAUGGACGGUCACAAAUCGAGGGUCUUCUGUGCGUGUUUCAAUCCGAGAUCAGCACACGAGCUAAUCUCUGGUGGUUGGGACGACACGAUUCAGUUCUGGGACACCAGACAACCCUAUGCGCUGCGACGAAUUUCCGGUGUACACAUGUGCGGCGAUGGACUGGACAUCACUAAAAAUGGCAAAGAGAUUUUGUCUUGCGCCUGGCAAAGGCAGAACCCUAUUCAACUGUGGGACUAUGGCAGCGGGAAGUUGCUCGUUUCCCUAGAACCUGACAGCUACUCUUCCCUGCUCUAUUGCGGCAAAUAUGUGACUAACAUGUUCCUCGCAUGCGGGGGUACGGAUGUAAAUCUCUUCAGGGUGGUCGACUUGAGAUCUCACGCUACUCUAGCAAUGAUUAGAAAUCUAAGCGGAGGUGCGUACAGCAUGGACAUAGGGCCGGUGAAUCCAAAGCAUGCGAAGAAAACGAAUACAGCUACCGUUGUGCCGCAGAUCGCGUUCUGUGCUGGCAGACGGAUCUUCGAGAUAGACGCUCAGCCUGGAUGA